CAACACUUCGCCAUUUCAGAUUUGGGAGGGGAGGGGAGUUCCUGUGAAACUCCCGCGAAAGAAUUAGGUCAGCUGAGCCGAGGUUUCCUGCAUCUGGUCGUUUCUUCAUUGAAAAUAUCCCUUAACGCUGUCUAGUCGUCUCUCCGUGUUCCGAUGAGUUUAGUUUGGAUGGUACGGAUGAAUUUAUCCAGCGCUGUCCCGGGUUGAAUUCAGUCAGAGUCGGUAGUCGGAUUUCUCCGCUCACAGCUCCGGAGCUAGCUGAGUGUAAACAACAAGCAUGAAGAGGGUGAAAGGAGGAGAGGAGGGCAGCAUCAGCCCCUCCAGUGAGAGCCCACCAGAAGCCAGCAAGAAGGUGCGCAAACAGACGAGCGAGGAGUCUGAGGCUCAGGCUGUGGUCAGUGAGUCAACAGAAUGCGAUUGGGCUAGACUACCGCAGGAGCUGCUGCUUCACAUCCUCCAGUACCUCCCACUGUUGGACAGGGCUUAUGCGUCCCAGGUGUGCCGCGGCUGGAACCAGGCAUUCCACAUGCCUGAGCUGUGGCGGUGCUUUGAGUUUGAGCUUAACCAGCCAGCCAGCUCUUACCUGAAAGCCACACAUCCAGACCUCAUCAAGCAGAUCAUAAAAAGGCACUCCAACCACCUGCAGUAUGUCAGCUUCAAGGUUGACAGCAGUACAGAGUCUGCAGAGGCAGCAUGUGACAUUCUUUCACAGCUGGUGAACUGUUCUCUGAAGACCUUGGGGCUCAUCUCCACAGCCAGGCCCAGUUUCAUGGAGGUCCAGAAGUCUCAUUUCAUCUCAGCUCUGACUGUGGUGUUCGUCAACUCCAAAUCGCUGUCUUCUUUGAAGAUCGACGACACGCCAGUGGAUGAUCCGUCUCUGAAGGUCCUGGUGGCCAACAACAGUGACACCCUGAAACUGCUGAAGAUGAGCAGCUGCCCUCACGUCUCGCCUGCAGGGAUCCUUUGUGUGGCCGACCAGUGUCAUGGACUGAGAGAGCUGGCACUGAACUACCACCUCCUGAGCGAUGAGCUCCUUCUGGCCCUCUCCUCGGAGAAACACGUCCACCUGGAGCACUUGAGGAUCGACGUGGUGAGCGAGAACCCCGGCCAACACUUCCACACCAUCAAAAAGAGCAGCUGGGACGCCAUGGUGAAGCACUCGCCCAAAUUCAACCUGGUCAUGUACUUCUUCCUCUACGAGGACGAGUUUGGGCCUUUCUUUAACGAGGAGAUCCCCGUCACUCACCUCUACUUCGGCCGCUCGGUUAGUAAGGAGGUCUUGGGCCGCGUUGGCCUCCACUGCCCUCGUCUGGUGGAGCUGGUGGUGUGCGCUAACGGCCUGCGCCCCCUGGACGAGGAGCUGAUCCGCAUCGCCAAGCACUGCACCCAGCUGUCCGCCAUCGGCCUGGGCGAGUGCGAGGUUUCCUGCAGCGCGUUUGUGGAGUUUGUAAAGAUGUGCGGUCGGAGGCUUUCUCAGCUGUCCAUCAUGGAGGAGGUGCUUAUUCCCGAUCACAAAUACACCCUGGAUGAGAUCCACUGGGAGGUUUCUAAGCAUCUGGGUCGGGUGUGGUUCCCCGACAUGAUGCCCACCUGGUAAAGCGAAGCCAAAGAGGCACACGUGAUUAGUGAUUUGUGGUGUGGAACAAUCGUGUUUGCGUUGAAAGUCUCUAAACUCUCUCGCUGUCGUAGAAUGUUUGGUGGCAACUGCGAGAGCUUAAACUUGCUGAACUCCUGCGUGUGGAGUGCAGAGUGAGGAUGUAAGGUGGCGCCUGACUGCUACACAAUGUCAUGUCAUGACCACAAAAAUCUCUGCCUGUCAGCUUCAACGUGGACUGUGGAAUCCUACUUUGCUAAAUGAGGAGACAGAACGCGCCAUGCCGGCUUCUCCAGCUAGUAAACAAUCAGCACACAGAGUAGUUCAG